GGGGCCUUGUCGUUUUCCUUAAGGACGGAGAAGCCGGGGGGCCGCAGGCCGGGCGGCUUGCCUGGCGGUCAGGAGGCCUUGAGGCGCAGCUAGGAGGCUGGCCGCGUCAGUGCACCCUUCACUCUUCUCGGCGAUCUCGAUGUCUGAAUGGGGAGACGGGAACAUGUGCCUGAGGUGGGGGCUGUUUCCGGGAGAAUGGCUUCCUCCACUGUUGGACUCUGCUAAUGGCCUGUCUGCUUUCUUCCCUGGUUUGUGGGGUUUGGGUUUUGAGUCCAAGAGCGGGCCGAAUGAAGUACGGGAUUUUUGGUUUCUUAAGGGUUCGAAGAAAUUUAAAGAGACGCGAAGAUGCCCUCUAGUGAAAUUGAAGCUAAGUUUUUGGGACCUGGAAAAGAACUAACAAGGGAACCAUGCUCUAAAAAAUUGAAAUCAGCUGCAGAUGAUUGUGUUUUGUCCCAUCGAGGUGGUCCUGAAAGUCACAGACUCCAAGAGAAAACCAGAAAUAAUAGGAUCCCCGUGGCCACCAUUAACUUUAGAAGACGUAUUUGUCCUGAGGAAGACAAAACCAGAACUACAGAUGUGUUGAAGCCUUUGUACAAGGAGAUGCCUGGUGAUAAACUAGGUGGUGUUGAAUCCAGUGGUUCGAAAGCUUUGCAGGAUGGAAAGCCUUCAUCGCUAUCCAAGGAUGACGAAAUCUAUAGCACAAGUAAAGCAUUCAUAGGCCCCAUUUACAAACCCCCUGAAAAAAAGAAAUGCCGAGAAAGGAAGCAUGAGACGGACAGUUUCAAUAGUUUAGAUGACAAAAGAAGACGAGAAGAAAAACAGAAAUUUAUCUCCAAAAAAUUGGAGAUUGACACGGAAUUAUCCCAGUUUUACAAAGAAAUUGAAGAGCUGGAAAAUGAAAAUGAUGCUUCACAAGGCAGUUGUAAGGUACCAGAGCCUUCCCCAGAACAAACUGUUCCUUAUGACCAAGCCUAUGGUACCUUAAAGUCCGAGGAAGAGAGUAAAGACCUCAGUGAUGCUCUUCAGUCACAUUGUGGUUACCAGCAGUACUUGGCGAAUGAACCCGGCAGACAUCCCUGUGAUGAACAAGUGAUGCCUCCGUUUUGUGAUACUUCAUUCUCUUCCUUCGGGCCUGAAUGGCAGUCAGUACAUCCUUUUGUCAUACCCCAUGGUCCUCCUCUUCCCAGUUUUAAUUAUCAUUUUAAUAUUCCAAGAUUCAAUGCCUCACUAAAUCCACCACCAAAUAUUUUCCAUGGGCAAGAUGACUCUCAGAUGCAGAACGAGUGUUACAUAGAUAGUUAUCAGGAUAGCUGGAACUGUUUAACUUUUGAUCAGAACGAUGAGUAUGCUCAUUACGGUAUGACUAGCAGUACUGUUCAGCCCUUCAGAAAUGGCUACAGUGUGCAGGAGGAAAGUGUGAGGGAUGGUUUCUGUGAAAUCAGAGAGUGCUGGAGAGAGCCUCUUCUGGGAGAGCACAAUGGAGCGGACAGGUUGGUGAGCCAGUGGUUUCCAGAGGAGAAGCUAAACAAACUGCAGAAAUUACUUAUUCUUCUGCGAGGUCUCCCUGGGUCUGGAAAAACAACAUUGUCUCGAAUUCUGCUUGGUCAGAGUCGCGAUGGCAUCGUGUUCAGCACUGAUGACUAUUUUCAUCAUCAAGAUGGGUACAGGUACAAUGUUAAUCAACUUGGUGAUGCCCAUGACUGGAACCAGAGCAGAGCAAAACAAGCUAUUGAUCAGGGGAGAUCUCCAGUUAUAAUAGACAACACUAAUACACAAGCCUGGGAAAUGAAACCAUAUGUGGAAAUGGCCAUAGGAAAAGGAUACAGAGUAGAGUUUCAUGAACCGGAAACUUGGUGGAAGUUUGAUCCUGAAGAAUUAGAAAAGUAA